CCAGGGCUGGUCCUUCAAUACACACAUCUCUUAUUUACCUCAGUAGAAUGAAACAUAAAACAGUUUUGGUAUUGUAUACUGUCCUUUAACCUCAGAUUUACUGUAGAAAUGUGUCUUCUACAUUUGCUUUUCAGUAAAAGCUAUUACCUUUAGCAACCUCACCAAAAGGAGGCUGCUGUCCUGGGUUGGGUGUUUCACAGAGGAGAACAGGAUGAGGAGAGGUUUUUGUAGUGGAGUUCAGAGAGAGGCCUGUUUUGAAGUUUGACCAACUUUGCCUUAUUCCGCUAAUCAGAGUCUUGUCUUAGUGAAGCGUUGGCAUGUAGGCAAACACUUCUGUCUGGCCCGCAAAAUGGUUACACUCGCUCUCUCUUCCCCUUCUCCCCCUCUUUCCCUCUCCCCCUUCCUCUCUCACUUUUUGUCUCUGAUCCUAAGAGAAGUAGCCCCACUGUUUCAGAUAAAGUGAGAUAAAUAAACAUGUUCCCUGAUGUCCCGAAUGCUCCCCACCCUCCCUCCUGAGAGCACACCCUCCUAACGCACUUCCUCUGCCACAAUUAGUCUAUAAUAAAUACACUUUAAUGCAGAUAAUGUGCCCUGCUCUCUGAAUCUCCCUCUCUUCCUCUCUGUCUUUCUUUCCUUUCUUAUUAAGCCACAUUAAGACAGGAUCUGACUUUGGGUCACACGAGAGGGAGAGAGAAAAUGAUGAAUUAUUCUCAGAGCUACUCACAGCUGCAAACAAUAGCUGCAAAGAAAAUACAGAUAUUGUAACGUAUGCAAAGAAUCGAGAGCAUUUGCAGUCAAGUCUCACUUCCUGAUGGCUUUGAUAAGAUUAGUUGCUUUCUUAAACAGGAUGUGUGCUGCUUUUAAAAAACUGCUCUAUGGACAUACCGAGUACAGUUGCAUAACGGCCUGCCUUGACAAGAGUGCCUGCAAGAAUUGAAAGUUUUCUUCACAUGAAGUCUCCAGAUUAGCUUGAGCGAGUUUAUCAAAGUGAUGGAAUAAAGGAGAUUCAACAUUGUCAUAUUAAAAAGACAUGCAGUGGUUCAAUAUUUAAAAAGCCCAAUUGCCUGGACAGAAGUGCUUUUUCAUUCAAGAGCAUAUGGCUCCCCUACCUGUUUAUAGUCUCCCCUUAUCUUCUCACAGAGAAAACGGGAGAGAAAAAUAGAUCUUUUUCAAAGACAUUGAAGAGUCGUUCAAUUAACGGCGGCAUGAUGUAAAAUAAUUACUUGACUUGCUUUCCAUAAUGAGUAUCUCUAAUUAGCCAUUCAUUUGUUUGGUGAAAACUCCAAACUACAGUUGUGAGGAGAUGGUAAGUACGUUGAAGUAGCACCCAACCCCUCUCCUCCCUUCCCUUCCCUUCACAAAGGCACCAUCGCUUGGCUUCAAGGCACAAUUUACCUUCCAAUGUAUGCAUACAGGCGACGGAAAAUAGUCAGGAGUGUAAGGGAUCUUUUUUUAUUUUUUUAUUAGCUAUGCAACAAUUAAAGGAUUCACAAACUAAAUUGAACCUUGUCUCCGUCGCCUCCCAGUUUGAUUUCAGCACCUGUCACAACAACAGCCCCUUUUCAGCCAUUAUGCAAAACUUCCUAAGAACAGAACCAGCAUGAGGAGUAGAAAACAGCAAUUAUUUCUGAUAUUCACUUACUGUAUUUCAGGUAAUAUUGACAUUUAGAGUUUAGGGGGGGGGGGGAUCCUGAAAGGGAAGAAAACGUGGCCCGGUUGACUUUGUCAACUGGUGCUAGGCAGAUAUGGCUUUCUUUUGCCAACAUUAUAGCUGUUCUAAUGCCUGUGAGAGUGUGAUGAUGGGUGACUCACUCAGCACUACCGGGCUGCCCUUCUCAUUUCCCACUGUAGAGUGAAAACAAUCGCUGGGUUGAUUGUACUGUUAGCAUGUCUGCCUUUAAGAAACAGUGUCAGCGAUGCCUUGCUAGCGAUGUGUCAUUCUAUUCAUUUUCCAGUAUGUAGUAUUCAAAUGCAGGCAGGCAGCCCAGGGGAAUAAUGUAAGCCAUGAUCGACCCUACACGGACAGCUACACUGUGGUCAUUGUUCGGUGGCCUUUCUCUGCAGUAGAGUAACCAUGCGUGAUCAGCGAUUCGACCGUGACUACUGUAGCCUGCCAUGAGGACGUGGCCCCGUUUUCCCGAAAGAGGGCUGUGUCACGAGGGAGAGGGUAGGAGGGGGAAAACGGCACAUGACAGAAUACGGACAAUAAUUGAUAUGUUGGAAAUUCUUUCCCAUUAUCUAAAAUCAUUCCCUUUUUCAUCCCUUUUUGUGCGCUUGUUUGUCCUCGCUGUCAUCUUUCUCAUCCAUCCCCCUUCUUAUGGUGAAACAGGCUGGUUAACAAAUGUUUGAGCCAAUUAAUCCCCCACUCGUCACAAUGCAUAAAAUCUACUGGCAGGAGUCUUUCCACACCGCUGUGACCACCAUUGCAAGAUAUACACGUGAAAAAGGCACACACACACACACACACACACACACACACACACACACACACACGCACACACACACACACACACACACACACCUGCUGGACAUCAAAAUAAUACCAGGAAUGGUUAGCAUAAAAGGCAGCUUUGAGCUUUUGGCCCGGCUCCGGAUGAUGAUGCGGCUGACCAGGACAAUGAACUGUGGGAAUUCGCUUGUCUCCCGUUGAUCUUCCUCCUUGGCAUCGCGAAAGCCUGUCAGACGCAGGGGAUAAAAAGACAGGCAUUUUUCUUUCUCUCUUCUCUUUCUAUUUUUUUCUUUCAGCGGAGGGGGCCUCAUAGUGAUCUGUGGAGAUGAGCUGAAAGCCGAACUACCUGUUGACAAGUCCUCUUAAGAGACCUCAAUGACAUUUUGUGUGGGACUACAGAGCAGAAAGGAAAGGCCCAGCUAGGUCGAUUCAUAUUUGUCACUGUUGUAUAGCGUUCAAGUUCUUGUAUAGAAUUGUUGUUCUGAUAUAUUGGUUUACUUCAUUCGUGCUACGUUAUGAAGCUCGAAUCUUGGUUCUGAACUCCUAUGUUAGCGUAGUUUGUUGUGUGGAGUCUAGGUAUGUAUGAAGAAACGGACUGGGUUUAUUCUACUUUAUUUCACUUGUUGUGCUGGGAACCGUUCUGUUUUCGCCUCAUUACAGCAUGUAAUAAUCCAGUUCAGUCAAAGAGCAUGGGGAGGAAGAAAAACAACUCACUAUUUUAUUGGGUUAAUGAGAAACGUCCCGAAGACCACCUGCAAUAGACUAAACAUGCACGAGGAAAAAUUCCUAUUAGUUUCAAUUUACUGCCAUGCUUAAAAUGGUCCAGGCUAUCUCUACUCGUGUUGGUGUCUGCUUUCCUUCAAUAUUUUGUAAACAUGCAUUCCUCAGAAUAUGUAACAUGUGGCGAACGCACACAUUUUCCAUCAGAAAUGUUUUCCCCCUCUAAAUUCAUUAAUGAUUUGGUGCAAAUAUGAAUGGAAUUCCGUUACUUUGUGAAUAAUGAUUGAUUAUUUAAAAGCAAUGACCUUCAUGAUAACUUAAUGAGGUAUUGCAUUGUAAUUAGUUAAUGGAUUCUUGUCAAUACAUGCCAAAAUAACAAAGUAGUGCCUUACUAAUGGCUUUUCCAUUCAUAAUUUCUCCUUAUAAACCUGGUUAAAACAAUAACAAAUGGGCCACCAAAAGGCUAUGAGAUGGAGAAAUGUAACCACUUUCAAAUUCAUACACAGCGCUAUGGAUGCAAGGACUGAACAUCCAUGAUAUCAAAAGUAUAGCUUUAAACAUGUAUUUUUUUUGUAUUACGAUGUUUACUAACAUUAGAGUAAAAAAAAAAUGAUUUGGGGUUCAAUCAGUACCUUCACAAGAGCAUGUUUGGCAUACUCUACUUACAGUAUGUGUUUUAGCCUUAGAAUAUGCAAAUGUCUGUGGCGUUCAGUGUAUACAUCAUUUGUAAUGCUCACUGGGCAAGUGUCUUCUGUUUCCUUCAACUUUGCAUGUACUUUAUAGGAUCAGAGCACAUUUGCCCUCGCCCGUUUGCGAUGCUUGUUGCUUCGAUAAUGACACGUACUGAGCACAAAUAUAAUCGGACAGAAAUACACUUCCAUUGUGUUAAAGAUACCAUCCGUAAUUAAGCUGUGGGUUGCAGAGCAAUUUGCUCAGGAACAAAAAAAAAAAGAAGAAGAGAAAUCUGGUUUUGUGCCGCUUUACUAAAAACGGUAAAUAUUAACCACAAACUGUAAAGUAGAGCACCACUGCACCUCUGUGAGAGAGUGCAAAAGGAAGUCUGGUGGCUAUGCAGGCGUCAUUUGAGCCUUAUCGUUAAUGAAAGAGCAUUGUUGUAGACACCAGACAAACGUCAGAUCUGUUUCGGGUUAGAGCCGGCGUAGACAUUGCUACAGUCUGCUGUUUGGAUGGCAGACAUGUCAAGGUCAAGCAUACAGGCGCACAGUUACUCGGGAGAUACUUGUAAAUACUAUCUAUGACGGAUGGAGGACUCUAGUUUGUGCCUUGGUGUGUCUUCAGCAGUAUCGGACGCUGACAGAGACCAUCUGAGCAACACAGUGCUAAAUGGCCGAUACCCCAUCAGUCAGAAGCUCCACCAGCUGACGGCCCAGCUGGGCCACGCCUUUCCCGACCUACAGAGCCGACAGCAGAUCCCAGAGGAGAAAGCUGCCACCCCAUUGGAUGAGAAGAGCCACGCUGCCCUGGCCAGUCAACCAAUCAGCAGUCAGAUGGCACUGCUCGCUAACCAGCUCAACCGGGACAUAGAUGCAAGUGCCCUGGCCAACCUGAAUGGGCGUGUGGACCUGCAGCAGUUUCUCAAUGGGCAGAACCUGGGCAUCAUGUCCCAGAUGAACGACAUUGAAGACGAUGCCCGUAAGAACAGGAAGUACCCUUGUCCGUUGUGCGGCAAGCGAUUCCGCUUCAACAGCAUCUUGUCGCUACACAUGCGCACACAUACAGGUGAGAAGCCUUUCAAGUGCCCCUACUGCGACCAUCGAGCAGCACAGAAGGGUAACCUCAAAAUCCACCUACGCACCCACAAGCUGGGAAACCUGGGUAAGGGACGCGGCCGCGUCCGUGAGGAGAACCGUCUUCUACAUGAGCUGGAGGAGAGGGCCAUCCUGAGGGACAAGCAGAUCAGGAGCAGCAGCCUCCUUCAGCCAGCUCAGCCCCUGCAGCACCAGCCACACCUUGGCCCUCAGACCCAGCAGCAGCAGCAACAGCCUGGCUCUGCCUGUGGCCUCCUCACCCCCACCAGCCUGGGAACUCCAGACUCCCUCUCCCAGCCGUCGUCCUCCCCCAAGCCGGCCAGCGCCCAAGAUGACCAGGCCCUGAACCCACCCACUGGAUUCCGCUGCACCUUCUGCAAGGGCAAGUUUAAGAAGCGGGAGGAGCUGGAUCGUCACAUCCGCAUCCUGCACAAGCCCUACAAGUGCACCUUGUGUGAGUUUGCUGCCUCGCAGGAGGAGGACCUGAUCAGCCAUGUGGAAAAAGCCCAUAUCACGGCCGAGUCAGCUGCGGGACAGGGUGCAGCUGGCGGCACUGAGAAGCCUGCCAACGAGUUCCGCUGUGAGGUGUGUGGCCAGGUCUUCAGCCAAGCCUGGUUCCUCAAGGGCCACAUGCGCAAACACAAGGACUCAUUUGAACACGUCUGCCAGAUCUGUGGUCGUCGCUUCAAGGAGCCCUGGUUUCUCAAGAACCACAUGAAGGUCCAUCUCAAUAAGCUGGCCAUCAAGAGCAAGCCCCCAGCAGAGGACAUUAAUGCUGUCAACACCAUGAACAGCAUGGCCCAGGAGGCCCACGCUAACCUCUACUCACGCUACAUCUCCUGCCUGCAGGGCGGCUUCCUAUCCCCAGACAAACAGGGUCUGAGUGAGCAACACCAGAUGCUGGCCAAAGCCGGCAUUGCCAUGAAGGAGAAGGAGAUGCUGGGAAAGCUGCUAGGCCCCAUGGCAGGGAUGGGCCAUGGCCUUGGUGAAGGGGAGAAGCGCUCUCUCCUGGGCUGUCUGAACCUGGUGCCCCCCCUGAAGUCCAGCUGCAUGGAACGCCUCCAGGCGGCUGCCAAAGUUGCAGAGAUGGACCCGCUGAAUAGCUAUCAGGCAUGGCAGAUCAUGGCACGAGGCAUGGCCAUGGACCGCGCCUUUAUGCCCAAGGAGCAGCACCAUGAGCAGCACCAUGAGGAGAGGAUCAAUGCUGCCGGCAUGGCCUUCACUAAAGAGAAGCAUGACUACCCUAUGAUGGGCUCCAACGAUGGCUCCAAGCAGAAGCAGCACAUCGAAGCUCUGCAUGGCUCGAAGGCCGGCAGUGGAGCCAUGAUGCCCCUGAAAGACGACAGAGUGGGUUUCGACAGCCACCGUGACUUCAUGCCACAUCAUGGCGGCCAUGGCCUGGGCCUGGGCCACGGCCUUGAGUACAACCACCUGACUAGCCUGAAAGAGAAACCCACAGAGUGUCCUGACUGUGGCCGGGUCUUCAGGACCUAUCACCAGAUGGUGGUCCACUCUCGGGUGCACAACAAGGAGAGGCGGCCCAUAGAAGAAGCCAUCCAGCAGCAGAACAACACCACAGGACUGGAUGAGCGGCGUGGCUCAGCCAGCGACCCCGAGUCCCAGUCCAUCAGCAGGUCCACCACCCCUGGAUCCUCCAACGUGACGGAGGAAAGCGGAGCCGGAGGAGGCCACUCCCAGACCGGCAGUGUCCAGGACGACAGCCCACACCCUUCCUCCCCAUCCUCAGAUAUCGGGGAUGACCUGGGGAAGGCGGCGGGGAGUGUUCAGCAGGCCCCCUCCCAGCACAGGGACAGGAGCCUGGGCUCGGCCAUCAAGGAUUGCCCCUACUGUGGGAAGACCUUCCGCACCUCCCACCACCUCAAGGUCCACCUGAGGAUACACACAGGAGAGAAACCCUACAGGUGCCCUCACUGCGACUAUGCAGGCACCCAGUCUGCCUCACUGAAGUACCACCUGGAGCGCCACCACCGUGAGCGGCAGAAUGGCGGCGGCCCCUCCUCCGGACACGCCCCUCUCGCUGAGCACAAGGAAGAGCACGGCAAGGGUGGCGUCUUCGCCCGUCCUGAUGUCCUCCGCGGUGUCUUCAAGGGCAUGCCCUCCAGCCUGGACUUCAGAGGGGGCCCGUUGCACCCCCACCAGUGGGCCCCUCCCGGUAUGUUGUCCCCCAGGGAGCGUGAGAGGGACAGAGAACGAGAGCGUAAUGGCCUGGGAUCUGACACUCUCUCUGAAAGCAUGAAGAGCCCAGAGGGCCCCUCCGCCGCAGAUGUCCCAGCCAGCUUCAGAGACCUAGGUCGGGCGUACCAGAGCAUGGUGGGAAAUGGUGUCAACUUCCAGGGCUCCCUGCAGGCCUUCAUGGACAGCUUUGUCCUCAGCUCCCUGAAGAAGGAGAAGGAGAUGAGAGAGAGCCACCUGCAGUCCCAGCAUUACUUUGAGAGUGGUGAGCCCAAAGCCAAGAGGAAUGAUACUGGUGAGGAAAAGGCUGAGGCCAAGCCUUCAACGGGCAAGCCUGGGUCCCAGUACGAGCCUCUGGACCUGUCUGUCAAUGUCAAACCUGAAACAGGCUCUCUGCCUGGCUCCUCUGUCACCUUCCAGGACAAUGUAGCAUGGCAUGGCUGCCUCUUCUGCUCCUUCACCACCGCCUCUGUCGAGCUGAUGGCCCUACACCUGCAGGCCAACCACCUAGGCAAGGCCAAGCAAUGCAAGGAGGGCAAGGAGCACCAGGGAGAGCCCUCCCACUUCCUCAAGGCCAGCAUGGGCCCAGCCCACCUCCAUGACAGAGACAAUGACAGAGAGGGGGAGAAGAGCCAGUCAGCCUGGUCCAACCACAUGGAGCACCACGCCAGCAUGGGAGCCUUCCAAAGUGACUUCUAUAAGCAGUAUGGAGGCAUGUAUGAUGGCUCCCCAAGGACCCCGGGCCUCCAGGGGUUUGGAGCGACAUGCCCUGACCCAGCCCUGGAGCAGCAGAGCCAGGCCAGAGAAACAGCUGGGGAUGAGCUCUCAGACAAGGCCUCCUGCGGGGAGCUGGAGGACCAGGCACAGUCUGAGGAUGAUGAAGGCAGGGAUGGAGAGCGCUGCCACAGCACCGAGUCCUCCUCCGCCCAACCAGAGAGACAGCGACACCACUCUGACGACGAGGAGGAAGAGGAGGAAGAGGACGGGAUGGAGGGGGAAGAUGAGGACAGUGCCACCUAUCAGAUGCCGAAGCAGACGCAGGCCGUGUCCCCGGCUAGAGAGGCCCAACGACCAAGGGCCUCCUUGGGCCCUGGGGCCCCUUUCCCUCCCCAGUUCCAGCCUCAGCCGCCCCUGGAGAAGCAGUGGCAGCAAGGCUUGGGUCUCCUUUCAUCUCCUGGUGGUUCCCCGGGGCUGCUGAAGCCGGAACAUGCCCAUCUCGAGCAGCAGAUGAACAUGCUGUCCGUCCUGAGGGCCUACAGCUCGGAGAACCUCGCAGCGUUCAACGGCCUUGGAAGUGGCUCAAACAGCGGCGGCGGCAUCAAGAGACCAGACGCACCCAUUCAUCUGUGGGUAGGAGAGGAGGAAGGCCAUGGAGCCCUGGGCCCCGCGCUGACCCUCGACCCUAACCUCGCGCUGCCUAACCUAGCUGACACUGAGACGCACGACGCAGCCUCUCUUAACAGAGACUAACUCCCGCCCGAGCACCCGGCUGGAGCAAGGCAGGAACAUGAUGAUGAUGAUGAUGGUGAUGAUGAAGGAACACACUAUAUCAACGACUUGAUGUAAAACAUGCUACAAUCGAACAAGAGAAGUCAUUCAAAAGGAACUAUGAAGGAGUGUUUCUGCCCUGUGGGAGGAUGGAGAGGAGACAGAGACAGACCUGCUGAAAUGACUUGUAGAGGCCACUGGAUGUGACGCUCAGCAAAGUGACAGACAGACAGCGACUUUAACCAUUCUGUUUCCUGUCCUCUCAUGGAUGACUCCUCCCUCCAUCUUCUGUCUUCUUCAUGUCUCUCCUUUUGAUGUUUUUGAUGAAACUACCUGCUAAAUGACAGUCCCUAAAACACCCCUACUAUGACACAUUCCUUGAUCCAAGAUGGCGUCCAUCAUUGUUGACAAAAAAAGAAGAUAAUAUUCAGACUGAACUGUUGUGCUGACCUGUACUUACCUGUUCGACAGACUCUCUCUCUCUCCUAUCAGAUCCAGUACAAGACAGGUAUUCAGUGACCCCUGGAUCACAGUAAUGGUAUUGUCCCUGGACUGUACCAUUCCCACUCUUGUCCAGCUGGAGCUGUAGCUUAACAAGCUCCUUUUGACCAGACCAACCAUCUAUGGAGACCAAGCACACUUAUUGCCACGCACAUUUUAGUUGCUGUUUUCUACCCUGUUUUAGGGCCCAAUGCUCUGCGUGUCAAAAACAAACUAACAGGGAGAAGAAAAACUGAAAAACUAAAAACUAAACCAGAAGUAUGACAUACUCUGACAAUCUUUUCCUGUGCUAGCUAACUAAGAGAGAGCAGUAGUUUUCAGAUAUGAUUGGGAUGUUAGUAGAUGUGACAACGAGGAGAGAAAGCCUGAGCAUUGUACAGUAAAGUGUGAUGAUGGACAGAGGACUGAGAAUCCUCACCCCACACCCCUCCCCGUAACAGGAACAGGAACAGGACUGAAGGGAAGACUCUUUUCUCGCUCUAUAUCACAGAGCCUGUAAAUGCUCAGAACUAAAUGUAAAAAGAGAGAAGUAGCAACAACAAAAAACUAAAACUAAAAAAAACGCUGUUUGUGAAGAGCAGAAGGUGUUGAAGUGACAGUAAUAACUAGUUUACACGACCUUGUCCUGUAGGUAAACAUAGAGCUUUGAAGAGAAGAUAUGAAAAACAAAACGGGAUUGUAUUUUCUCCCCUUUUCAUCUCUCUUAUUGACUUCGAGGACUGUAGUGUUGCAAGUGUUUGUAAGAUACUGCCACCAAUCAAUGUUGCAAAGUGUUACUGACUACUGAAACGGUUUGAUGUAUUUACUUUGAAAAAAAAGAAGAAGAAGAAGAAGAAGUCAAAACUGGAAAAAACAAAUAUUGUCUAGCCUUAGAUACAGUCAUCCGUUGUUGCAUCCACGAAGCUAGUUGUUUUAGACGGUAGGCCUUAGGGUCGAUCCGUUUUUCUUUUCUUCCAAG